AUGGCGGAAGGUGAACGCUACACCCGACUGUUUGUUGACCGCAAGCCUAGGCUAAAGGAACCAGUUCGAAUGGAGGACCAAGUGGUACGGCUGGCACAACCGCCGUCGUUGGCGCAGCGUUUCCUCAAGUUGGGGCGCGGGAGUCCUCUGUUGUCCGGCUGCGUUGGGGGCCAAAGAGAAGUCGUCGUCAGAGACUGGAGGGAGAGGUACGACGUCAAGUCGUCAAGAGCCGUCGAGCCGGAUAUGACCAGGAGUAAGAGUGGAUCUGAAGAGAGAAAGAAGGAAGCUGAAGAGCCCGGUCAAGUGCCUGGUCCUCGGAGCGCCACCAAGGGUUAUCCCCAAGGUCUCCCCUUCCACUUGGGCGGUGGGGAACGGGGAUGGCGGUCGCUAACACCCCACGCAGGUGCAAGGCUGCACUGUUACAGCGUCAGGUCGCUAGCAUCCUUCAGGGAGCAGGCGGGAUGGACGGUUAAAGUGGAGAAGUGGAAGUUAAGCAUCCAUUUGAACCUUUUGGUUAUCAGAGCCUUGCAAGACAAAAGACAGGAUGAACGAUAUAAAAACUCGGAUUUAAAACUCUUUUCACCAUCGGGUUCGGAUUUGGAGAAAUAUGCAAGGGUUCUCCUCGAGGGUAACCUUUUUAAUAAAGCCACGUACUUACGAGGGUUCUACUUUUAG